AUGGCAAAAGUGCUUGCUGUUUUCCUUUUCGCCGAGGAAUGCUCUGGCGGGCUGAUCUUCUUGAAGAAGCUGAUCCCGAGGCGCAAGAAGGAUUUGAAGAAGCGCAAGAAGCAGCUGACAAAGAAGAAUACUAAUCUCUUCCAAACUGGCGCCAAAGCUGUCAAUCUAUUAAAAAAGUUCCGAGCUUAUGUCAAGCGCAAUCCAUCUAUUCCGGCUGUACAGCCUCGCCGUUCUCUUGCGGCUGUUCCUCGUGAUAAGAAUUACGAUCCCUGCGCCGAUGGCCAAGUCUGUGUGAAUGGGGUGUGCGUCAAUAAGGGCGGAAAGUUGAUGAACAGCUUGAAGACCAAAAUUUCCCUAGUUUUCACUGCAAUUGCGCCGGGACGAAUUUUAUCGGGAAGCGCUGUGAGUGUCGCGGACGCGUACACGAUUAUCGACAUCGCAUCCUUGGCAAAGGCGAAAAAGGAGUUUCCAAAUGCGGUUCACAAUCCGGAAGAGCACAAGUUGGAGGUCAAAUACCGUUGUGAUUGUCUCGAAGGAUACUUUGGAGAUCUCUGCGAGCUGACGCCGAACGACAUCGAGUGCCAGGCCGACUUUUGCCUCAACAACGGGGUCGGAGAAUGGCGGCAGAAUGAAGGCGAAGACGGGCACUGCCAUUGUACUUGUGAUCCGGGCUAUGCAGGAGAGCAGUGUGAAUAUAUGCUUCCCUGCCCGGCAUAUGACUGCAAUUAUGGCACCUGCAAAGAUGAGAAAAUCGAGGAUACCAAUGGCGACAUAGCCUUCGAACCCAAAUGCGAAUGCGGUGGCACCUUCCCGUACACGAUGAUUACAAUUCAUGGCGAAAAUUGUUCCCGCUUGGAAGUGCCGGGGCCAGUGUUAGCUGAUCCUGAAAAGAUGGGCGUCAUCCCGUGCGUCGAAAAUGAUGCAUCACCGAAAGAUUGGAAAAGCUGGAUAAGCAAUGUUGAAAAAUAUUCCAAGGCCCUUGAAUUAAGCUCUGACGAUGUGAAAUUGGUCAAAAGUUUUUCGCAACAAUGUCGUCGACCGAAACCUGAUUCAUCCACAGGCGGUGAUUAUGAGAUCAAGCCGGAAAAUUGGGACGAAUGCAACGAGGAGCUGGGAAAUCACGAUUCUUUUUGUUUGAAUGGUGGCGUUUGUCAGCCUCUCGGCAUUGAUUUGAAAUCCGCUACGAAAUUGAUGGUGCCAAGCUGUGACUGUGAGGACGAGUAUGAGGGAACCUAUUGCCAGUAUCGCCGUCGCGACGCUUGCGACCCAACGAUGGACGAAUUUAUCAAUGGGCUAACCCGAUCUCACCGAUGUACACACCCGAACAAUGGCGUUUGUAAUUCGGAAAUUCGCAAGAAUGAGGCUGUUUGUUUGUGCCAUGUCGGAUACUCGGGGACACUUUGCGAAAAGUUCGAUCCCUGUGCUGAGGCUCCCUGCCCUCUUCACUCGCACUGCGUCGCUCUCGACCCGGACAAGAAUCGCCGCGAGUCGAUGUCGCUCAAGCUGUACCGAUGCGUCUGCAACGACGGUUACCAGAAUGCUUCUCCUGAUCAGCGCCUCGACUGUCAGCCUGGGAAUAACACGGGCCGUUGUGUCGACAAGUCACUGUGCCUUCACGGGAAUUGCCAUGAUUGUGGGAAUAAGGCUCCGGAAGGAAACAUCGAUCUUUGCGACGAGCAUGAAAAUCUUCAACGCUACAAAUGCUUCUGCCACGUCGGCUUCUCGGGAUACCGCUGUGAUCACCCUCUAUCGGCAUGUGCCACAAAUGAAUGCAAGAACGGGGCGAUUUGCAGGGAGGUCGAUGCCCAAGAUUACAGGUGCGUAUGCCGUCCGGGCACUCGAGGGUCUUUUUGCGAGCACGUCGAUGACUACUGCAUCGCCUUCGGUUUUGACGUUUGCGUAAACGGAAAUUGCUUUGAAAGUAUCUACUUGGCUCGAGGCUUUGAAUGCGAGUGCUGGCAUGGCUGGGGUGGUCGGAAUUGCGAGGUGGAGCUCGACUUGUUCGAACGACUUGAGAAAGCGUGGAACAAACAUGAAGCCGUCUUGACCGGAAUUGUCUUCACGACGCUAACCACUGUCAUCAUUAUCUUCUUCCAUUGCCUCACGCCUCCGCCAGUAAAGUCAAAGGACAAGAAAAAGAUGAGCAAGCUCCCGAACAUUUUCUGUAUUGGAAAGCUAAUGGAACAAGAUCAGGACCCGGAGCUGGACAUCAGCGAUGUGAUUAUCCGACUUAUCAAUCUCAAAGGCUGGUGCCCCCCGUUUCCGCUCGGCGAAUGGGAGGUCCUGGAACUUUGCCGGCAAGCAUCUGCUAUCUUUGCCAGCCAACCGAUGUUGCUCAACCUUGACGCACCGAUGAAGAUCUGUGGCGAUAUCCAUGGACAAUUCUACGAUCUGCUACGCAUUUUCGAGCUCGGCGGCUACCCACCAAAGUCUAACUACUUAUUCCUCGGAGACUACGUGGAUCGAGGCAAACAAUCCUUGGAAGUGAUUUGUCUACUCUUUGCAUUCAAGAUCAAGUACCCGGAGAAUUUCUUCUUGCUGCGCGGUAACCACGAGGACGCCGCGCAAAAUUAUGUCUGGGGCUUCUAUGACGAAUGCAUCACCCGCCUCUUUGACCGAGCAAUUUACCGAGAAUUCAACAAGGCCUUCGCUCAAAUGCCCGUGGCCGCCAUCGUUGGCCAACGCAUUUUUUGCGCGCAUGGCGGAAUCUCGCGAUCUCUUGAGUCGAUGAAACAAAUCAUGGACUUGCCGCGCUUGGAGUCAGUGCCGUCAAGCGGUCUUCUAUGCGAUAUUUUAUGGUCGGAUCCCGAUAGUCACUUCGAGAGCUGGGGCCCGAAUACACGCGGUAUUUCGAUGACCUAUGGAAUUGAGGCUGCUGAUGAAUUUCUCGACAGAUUUGGCCUAGACCUCAUCUGCCGAGCGCAUCAGGUGGUCGAAGAUGGCUACGAGUUUGCGCAUGAGAAACGGGUGUUGACACUCUUCUCGGCGCCGAAUUACAGUUCCCGCUACGACAACGCGGCCGCUAUCCUGAAUGUGGGACCCGACUUGCUGUGCAGCAUCCAGAUCCUGAAGCCGACCAAAGAUGCGCGCGAGCCGGUAAUUAAGAAACCGUACAGCCAGGCACAACGGAAUUUU